AUGUCUCUCUACUACGAGGCCGCUGACCUUCUGACAGCGCCGACUAACGCAGGUGGUAGCUUAAAGUCAAGGAUAUUCGGCAAGAAGGACUUGAAAUCGCAGCCGGCACAAAUAUACGCAUUGGCGAUUGAAACCUGCAAAUGGAGCUCCGUCCUGAAAGAGAUUGUGGAGAAUGCAGAAAUUCUGCGUCUUGAGCGCAAGCUGACUCCAAUUCUAUCGAUCCUCCUGGUUCACGAUCUUCUGCUGGCGAAAAAGGGCAUUGCUCUUCCCGCGACCCAUGGUCUGAGAACUACAGUUGAGAAGCAUAAGGGAAGACUUCAUGCCGAGCUGGUGAAGGCGAGAAUCCGUCGAAAGAUCAGCUCCUUGGAGGCUUUCAAGGCUUUUAUCGAGGAAGGACUAGAGAAUGAAGCUGAUACAUCGGAUGCGCCAUAUCCUCGCUGGGUCCGGAUCAACACCUUGAAGACUACACUAGAGGAUCAAUUGGAGUCGACUUUUGCUGGGUUGGAGCGGGCGACCAGCAUUGCAGCUGUAAGAAAACGAGGAACGAAGCGACUGUUCAUUGAUCACCAUAUUCCGAAUUUGGUUGCUAUUUCAGCAAGUUUUGAUCUUACAAAGAGUCUUGCUUACAAGUCAGGUCAUAUUAUUUUCCAGGACAAGGCCUCAUGCUUCCCAGCCUACAUGCUUGACCCGCUUCCUCAGGAUGGAGACAUUGUGGAUGCAUGCUCUGCGCCAGGAAAUAAGACCACUCAUCUUGCAUCAAUUCUCCUUGAGCACAGCUCGGAGCCCAAACACUGCUCUCAAACAAUCUACGCUUUCGAGAAGAACAAGGGGAGAGCCGAGACGCUGGAAAAAAUGGUAAAUCUAGCCGGCUCAGACACUUUGACCAAAAUUCGUCCCGGUCACGACUUUUUAAAAUCAGACCCGAAAUCCCCCCAAAUGCAGAAGGUUGGAGCUCUUCUACUAGAUCCAAGUUGUUCCGGAAGUGGUAUUAUAGGAAGGGAUGAUAUGCCAGAAUUACACCUACCCGUCUUGAAGGCAGCGGCUCCCAAACAUGGAGCAAGACCUCCGAAAAAGAAUGCAAAGCUUAAAGCAUCUGAGCCUACCCCUGAGUCACGCAAGCGCAAACGUGAAGAGCAUGACCCGGCUAUGGAUGUGAUGGUGGAUGAUGAUGGCGAGGUGACAGCAAUUAGCUCAGAGGAUGAGCUAAAAAAUCGAUUAGAAGCAUUAUCUAAGUUCCAACUUGAGCUGCUUCUUCAUGCAUUCAAGUUCCCGAGUGCCCAAAAGAUCACAUAUUCAACAUGUUCAGUUCAUGCUGAGGAGAAUGAGACUGUUGUUCAAAAAGCUCUGGAGCAACCGAGCGUGCGAGAGGCGGGAUGGCGAAUUCUGAAGCGUGAAGAGCAGAUCAGAGGCCUAAAGGACUGGCCCGUUCGAGGUGACCUGGAGGCUGCCGGUGGGGAUGAAGAGAUCGCAAAGAGCUGCAUAAGAGCGAAUAAGGAAGAUGAGCACGGAACUAUGGGUUUUUUCCUGGCUGGCUUUGUUAGAGACGGGGGUCGGACGAAAGAGAUGGAUAAACAUUUCCUUCGAGACGAACGAGGCCAUCUUGUGCGGGAUAUCAUGGGCUUCCCUGCCCGAUCAGAUGUGGAAGAGCCUGGAGAGACCCCUGAGGAGGCGCAUGAAGAUUCGGCCACAGAAGCUGAUGGUUUGGGUGGUUUUGAAGAAGAACAGAAGGAAGAGGUCAUCCCUCAGACUGUGGAAGCCGUAAGACCUCUAGUGUCUGGAAAGGACAAAAGCUUGAAGGUUGCCAAAGCCGAAGCUCCUGCAAAAGCCAGAAAGAAAUCAGCCGAGAAGGAAAGAAGCUCGAAGGCUGAAGCUCCUGUGAAGGACAACAGUACGAUCUCAGCUCCUCCGAAGGAAACCAACGCAAAGCCGCCUAAAGCUGUAGUCAACAAGCAUUCGCACAGUGCUAUGCUCAACCGAACCCAGCUUAUCAAACCAAACAAGAAGCAGAAGAAGAAAUAA